AUGGUUUGGCCAUCUGGCGUUCCCUCUCCAGCUCCAAAUAGACGUUCGUUUUCUACCCAGCCAGAUUGGAAGCGACGAUGCGGGUGCAAUUGUCAAAAGUCAUGCCCGUGUAGAUGUCGCUGCAGUUGUAGCUGCCGGUGUGAAGAUAAGUGCGACAGUAGAUGUGCAGGCCAAGGACGUAUCUUGGUGGUCAGCAUCGACGGUACAUCGAAUCACUUCGGGAAAAAGAAUACGAACGUCGUCGAGCUUCACAGCCGUAUUAUCAAAGGUCCCGGACAAUUGUCGUACUACAAUAGCGGUAUCGGAACAUACGCCCCUCCCUCCGCGUGGACGUUCGGGCAUUGGAGGCGGCUUGUAAGCAGUAAAGUUGACCUCGCGAUCGCAUUGCGUUUUGAGCGCAUAGUGCAACGCGCUUACCGAUGGCUCACAGAUCAUUAUGAGCCAGGCGACAGCAUCUUCCUCUUCGGUUUCUCGCGUGGCGCAUAUCAAGUACGAACGCUGGCAGGGAUGAUAGAGAAGGUCGUUGGCCUCAUGUAUCCCGGAAAUAUAGAGCAGAUUCCAUUCGCCUACAAUCUAUAUGCAGAUCAGAAAUUUGAAGGUGGGGAUCUUGCGCCUCAUUUCAAGACAACCUAUUCGAGAGACGUCAAAGUGCACUUUGUUGGCGCUUGGGAUACUGUAUCUUCGAUCGGUAUCACCAGAACUGUGCCUCUUCCUCUUACGGAAACUUGUGACCAUAUCUGCGUCGUUCGCCACGCACUUGCGUUGGAUGAGCGCCGCGUCAAAUUUCUCCCAGAAUACUUUCGGAAAACGAUGCCUCCUUCUGAUGAAGAUACUCAUCUUCCCAAACAGGACCUCCCCACUGAGAAGAAUGAAGUCGCCCAUGAAGGCCCAAAGUACCUCAAGGAAGUGUGGUUUGCAGGAUGUCACUCUGACAUCGGCGGUGGAGCAGAAGAGAACAAGGACUUGAAUCAAGCUGCGAUUCCUCUACUUUGGAUGGAGAACGAAGCCCGCGCUGCUGGCCUGGGGCUCAAGCGACGCAAUGAAAUUGCAUGGGAUUGGAAAAAGCUUCGUGAGAGCAAACCUACAGAGUCUUUGAAGUGGCUCUGGUGGGUCAUGGAAUAUCUACCGAUCAAGCGGUUGACGUACAGGAAUAUAAACAAUGCCAAAGGUUCACUUCCUCAUCGCGGCAAAGGUCGUAUGAUAAUGGAAGGCCAACAUAUACACGCUUCCGUUGCGUUUAAGGAUAAACACUACGCUCCUAAGGCGACUUUGACAGACUUUGAUUUCAAAGAGCUUGUUGGAACAGGGAAAGACAACGAUUCUUCCUGGACCGAACGAUUCGAGCAGAUUCUGGAGAUGGAUCUUUUUGACUUAUCAUAUAUCCCGAAGGCUAUCAGUAGCCUUCAAACCACUUCGGAGAACGGGCUGUACAAUCUUAACCGAUUGGCAUUCACUGCCGCAUCUGGUGGGUGGUGUUGUCAUCGUUCCCCGCCUUACUGA